UGAAGGUACAGGUCUACAGAUGUAUGAAUUAACCGCUUGUUUUAAAAUGUUCGGCCUACUGACUUGUUAUGAAAUCCGACUGGAACAUUACAAUGCUCAUGAUAACUUUCGUUAACUCUUUAAUAUGUAAUUCCACUUCGCCAGCUAAUUACUCUUCAACAGAUAUCGUAAAAAUGGAAGUUCAAAGGCAGAAUUCUAAAUCUGGCAGCGGGCUUGUUUCUCUGGCGCAUCUGGUAGCCUAUAUCGUUUGGUUUAAUUAUUUUGGUGUGAACGGACAUUAAUGCUCCAAAGCUAAAGCUUUUUUAUAGAUAAAACUAGCUUUUUAUCCACUUUCUUAAAAAUCUCAUUUCAGUUGACCUGUUUGUAUACAAAUACAUUGUCAAAUAACAAUCGUAACAUUAUAUAUUAUAGCUCAAGGCACAAAACUCAAAAGAUGAAUCGCAGUGAUUUUUCUGUCAUCAUAAAUUGGCCUACACUGAAGACUAUUAAGACCUGUGCGUCCCCAGUAGACUCAGUUAGGCGUCAAUAAUAGCUGUCCUUCGGGUGUCACCUCCUGCAUUCUGCGGGUGAAAUCAAACUUGGCCAGUCUUCCUGGGCUUGGAUCAAUCUGAACCUUAUCACAACCCUUGAAACAAACAGCCUAAAAGCAAGCACUAUCCGUUCUGAUAUACCCAAAGCCAACUGGCUUUUAAACAAACACCAUAUUGCAGAGGAACACUGUAAUUAGAAUGUGAAAUGGGCCUAUAUUUAUUUAUUAAUUUUUUUUUUUUUUUUUUUUUUUUUGGCAGUUUAGCCAAGAAACCCAUAAUCGAACAGACUGUGUGUUGGAGACACUUCCUCUCUUGCUUGCUGCUGCGGCAUUACGCACCGCACAACCUACCCUUACUGACGCUCUCGGUCUCGUAUGGGUUACAGGGGUUUUUGAGAGACCAUACCAGCCUGUUCAGACCUGGGCGGUGCAACACCUCUGUCAGCUCAGCUCAGUUAUGCCCGCCAGGGACAGGAUUUUUAUAUAUCACACAAAGUACCACGGACACAUUCUUGGCUUUGCACCAAACGCAAACGCUUUAAUUUUCAUCUCUGAGAUCUAAAGUCUGCUAUGCGGUGUUUUUUUCCAGAAGGACAUUUAAAACUGCACUGAUUUUAACUUGAAGGAAUUUUAUUUCUCUGGAAUGUUGAAACAUGACCCUUUUGAGAGCUAAAAAGUAAUUUUAUUUAUUUAUUUAUUUAUUGCGCAAAAGAGAAAACAAAACCAAGUGGAGCAUGGAGAACAGCACUUUAUUAAAAUUUACCAACGGGACUCUGGCUACGAUAUGGACUGAUUAUAGUAUCGAAUACAAGGUCGCUAGCAUCUUAUUAGUGAUUCUUAUUUGUGGAGUUGGAAUUAUUGGCAAUGUUAUGGUCAUUCUUGUGGUCUUAACGACCAAGCACAUGCGUACCCCAACUAACUGCUAUUUGGUGAGUCUGGCAGUUGCCGAUCUCAUGGUCCUGACUGCAGCCGGGCUGCCCAACAUCACCGAGAGUCUGUUCGGUGGCCACUGGGUGUACGGAUACGCUGGGUGCCUCUCCAUCACUUAUUUGCAGUACCUGGGCAUCAACGCGUCCUCCUGCUCCAUUACAGCCUUCACUAUUGAACGCUACAUCGCCAUUUGCCACCCGAUAAAAGCGCAGUUUAUGUGCACCCUCUCCCGAGCCAAAAAGAUAAUUGUUCUCGUUUGGGUUUUAACGUCCCUCUAUUGCGUUAUGUGGUUUUAUCUUUCCGACACGAAAGAGGAAGUUUAUGAGAACGCUGUCCUCGUGACAUGCGCCUACAAAGUAUCUAGAAACCUGUAUUUGCCAAUAUAUUUCACAGAUUAUGCCGUAUUUUACGUUAUCCCGCUUUUGCUGGCCACUGUUUUAUACGGAUUGAUCGCAAGAAUUCUUUUCCUCAACCCACUCCCGUCGGAUCCCACGGAAAGUCGAAGAAACUGGAAAAAGGAGUCGUCCGUCCAUGGGAACUCCAGGACUUCCUCCAGCAGCACAACUGCUGCUUCUCGGAGACAGGUGACAAAGAUGCUGGCAGUGGUGGUGAUCCUCUUCGCUGUGCUGUGGAUGCCCUAUCGGACGCUGGUGGUGGUCAACUCCUUCCUCGAGAAGGCCUAUCUGGACACCUGGUUCCUUCUGUUCUGCCGUCUCUGCAUCUACUUGAACAGCGCCAUCAACCCUAUCAUCUACAAUGCCAUGUCUCAGAAGUUCCGCGCUGCCUUCCACAAGCUCUGCCAUUGUGGUCCCCAGCGCUCCGAGAAGCCCCCCACGUAUAGCGUGGCCCUCACGUACAGCGUCAUCAAGGAGACCUCCAAUGGAGAAAGCCCAGACCACUAUACCACAGAGCUAGAUGACAUCCACGGAGCCGCCGAAGAGCUUCUGCCCCAAAGGAAGAAGCUGUCAUUUAAAGAGUCCUCACUAGCUUGUAAAGACACAUUGGCUAGUGCUUAGAUCCUUGGUUGAUGUGUUUGACUAGGGUGCUUAUUUUGCACUUUCACAGUGCCUCAGUGGCCUAUUGGAUUGGCUGCCACAUGGAAACAGCAUUUUGACAAUCAUAUACACAUUCGAAACAAAGCAGAUUUAUUCAUACCUUAUCCAUAACCUAGACUUAUAUAGUAGCUCAAGACCAAAAUAUGUCAUAUCCAGUCUGUGAAGGUGAAGUAAUGCUCCUGAAGCAAUCAUGGGUGAGGAUUGACAGACAAUUGGAUGUAUGAUUGAACAUGAUUCAGUGACGGUAUUGAUUUGGAAGUGAUUGAGUGUAUGAGCUAGGCUGCAGGAUUAAUUGAAAUAAAACCUGUAAUUGUGAUUUGGCUUCGAUUUGAUUCAAUUAAUGCAAGCGUUGCAUGUUUGACGAGCCAUGCCCACAAAAGAGGCAGGAUUUUGAUUGCACGUGCACCACUUGCCAGUUUCCACUUAUCCCCUAUUGAAAAUUAACUAUACACUUGCGAGUGGCGUGUCCCGAAUGGCCUGUGUCAAGUGUGGCACUGUGUUGUGCUACACGUGAGCAGCUUGUGACAGUUUUCAGUAUCUCAAAGUGGCUUGCUUCUCUACACAAACACAUUUCUGCGUAUGCUUAGUUUGGGUGGCUGCAUGCAUUUGGGAACAAAGCAUGCACCAAGCAUCUUACCAAACUGUAAUGAGAAGCACUUAUAAGAUGGCUGUUUAAAGACAAAAGAGCUCCAUUUGGCUCCCUCACUCUGCCAAAAUAAAAUCACAAUUACAUUUUCCUCCAAAAUCGUGCAACCCUAGUGUGAGCUGAGGGGUGAAUUCUUUGGCACUACAAGUCAGAAGAUUUGUACCUGUGGACUCAAAGCGAUGGUCAGUGGUCACUGUGGCAACAGCUGCAUGCAUCAUGGCCAAAUAAUUACUCUGGAGAACCUGUUCCAGGAACAGUUGUCACAUUGUCAGUCACUGUGAUCCGAAAUAAUGGAUGGUUGAUUACUUCUUGGCUCUCAUUUGUUUCAAUUGUAAGCUCAAAAUUACAUUGUAGAGAAAUAUCCUGCCCAAUGAUUCUUUCUUUUGCAAAGGGGUAUAAAAUGACACUAUUAUGAGGCAUAAAAUACCAUAGUACACCUAGAGCCAUGACACUAAAUUCUCGCCCACUUUCCAAAUUUAUCAGUCUAAAACUAGAGUAAACAACUGUGUUGGUUUUGUCAUAUAUACUGUAUAUAUAUUGUGUUCAUCAUCAGCUGAGGCUGUUUUCUCAAAGAUCUGUCUGAUGCUCAUGCUGGCACUGAGAUUUCCUAGCAGAGUUCAGUUUUGCAGACUGCAAAAUUAAGAAGGAGAUGAAGAUAAUCUGUGAUUUUGGAUGUUUGUACCUUUUGCAUCAUUGUGGUAUAAUGGAUGGGUAGGUAAUUUAAGAAUUAUUUUCUGUUGUAAAUAUCUGUAGUAUUCAGUACUUGGCUGCUGUAAAAUAUCUACAUGGACAUGGAUUGUGAUGUGACAUUUUAGACCUAACACAACUUGAACUGCACACUUAUGUUUUUUUUCUCAUUAUCAGUGAACAGUUUAGUGAAUGAAAUGUACAGCUGUUGUGAUGUAAGCAAAAAAAAAAAAAAAAAAAAAAAAAACUGUGCGGUGGUAACAUUUGCUCAUUAUUAGUGUUUAAAUAGCCUUUCUUGCUGUUUUAAAACAUGUUUUGUAUUUGUAUUUUGUACAGUUGUUGUUUAAAAUAAACAUAGUAAAUGUUUGGGAAAUUCCUCUUUGCCUGAUUUCAUUUUUAUGGUUUAACAUCCUCUAAA